AUGGAGCCAGAACCAGAAGUACAAGAAACACCAAUACCAACAACCUCGGCAACUCCGGCAAUAUCAGCAAAACAAGUGAUAUACUGUGGAGUCUGUUCUUUACCGCCAGAACAGUAUUGCGAACAUGGACUGACAGUUAAUAAAUGUAAAGAAUGGCUACAACAGAAUGUUCCAGAAUUAUUCGAAAAAUUAUAUUCGCAAACGUCUCUUGAAAAUAGAGUCGCUAAGGUAUCGUUAAAAGAUAAACCGGUUAAUGAUGCGGAAGAUAAAAAGAAGGCUAAAGAGGCGGCAAAAAUAGAGCGUGAAUUGAAGAAGAAGUUGUCCUCCAAAGUAGUUAUUACACGAAUUGCACGAAACAAACGAAAAAGUGUAACAAGUGUUUACGGUUUACAGAACUUUGCUGCAAAGAGUUUUGCAUCAAAAUUUGCAUGUGGAUCAUCUGUUGUAAAAAAUAAUCAAGGAAAUGAUGAGAUUGUUGUACAAGGAGAUGUUUCGGAUGAUUUAUUUGAUUAUAUAUUAGAAACGUGGCCAGAUGUUCCUGAAGAUAAUAUUGAAUUAACGGAGGAAAAAAAAUCAAAAAAAUGA